UUUGGGGCUUCAUUCACCAUUUUGCGACUGUAGUGUAGAAUGUACAGGGCAGUAGUUUUUCCUCCUUUUAAGUUGCUUUGCCGGAGAAACAUGAACGGCCGCUAACUGGCAGCUGCGGACGUCUGGACACCCUGCCCUAUUUUACCCAGCAAACUCAUCAGAGAAACACACCGGGGUACUAUACAUGAGCUCUGAGUCUCUGGAAUAAGGUGGGCAAGUCGCGCAACAGACACGAGACAGGAUGAGAGUGAGAGGGCCUGGCAGAGAAAGAAAAUAGAGUGAAAGGAAAGGAGGAGGAAAUAACGCGGCAGCGCAAGAGAGGAACGUCAAGGAGAAUCUCUGGGAUAAAUAAAUAAAAGAGUUGUUUUGAGAAAAAGGAACUAGAUGAAAAGAUGAAGCCAAUAAAAAAGCGCUCCCCUCCCUCCACCCGGGCUAAAGGAGGAAAGCGGCGAGGAGCGGGGGAUACCCUGGAAGGAGGAGAGAAGCGAGACUCAGAUGAGAACAGAGACAGAAGCAGAUCUCCGCAAAACCGAACUCCCUCCUCCUCGUUAUCUUCUAACUCACAUUCAGAGUCUCCACAGGCGGACGCAUCCAGAGCGCGGGACUCUUCGGAUGGGGAGGGGAGGUCUGCUGCCAGCAGCGGUGGUGGCAGCAGCCACUGUGACAGCAGCGGCAGCAGUUGUAGUAACAGUAGUACACCAAGCGCCAACAACAGUCCAAACCCCGCCUCCAGCCGGAAAACAGCCACCUUCAAGGCCCGCGUCCCCAAAAAGAAGUACACCUCCGAACACUGCUCAUCUAAUACUGCUGGUAACCAUAGCAACCCUGCAUCCAGCACGCCCCCUCCUUUUUCUCUGAGCCAGGAGUCAGCGGGUCCAGGAAUCGACAUCAGCGUCUCGCUUUCUGACGGGAACGGUCAGAGUAGGAGCUUGAUGGAUGACUUCCACAGUCGUACCACCAGCAGGGAGGGGUCUCAGGACUCCCCGGGACCGCCAACCCUGUCGCUUGGAGGGGAAAAACCCAGAGGAGGUGAAGGAGUGACAGAUGCAGAGCAGGUGUCCCCAAGCCCGCUGCCCCGCUGCUCCUCAACAGACACAGCCAGCGAGCACUCGGCUGACCUGGAGGUAGUUGGUGACACACCCCCUCAGAUGUCGACACACAGAACGUCUAGUCUCCCUGACGCACUGUCCGAUGCUCUGGCCAAAGGCCUGAAGAAUCAGCGGAUCCUCGCCCGCCAGCUCAGGAGAAGAAGUGAUGAGGAGGGAGGAAGUGACAGGAGGCACGACUUGGUAUUCCGGGCUGGCGUGGUCCGUAACGUCAGUGGUGAAUAUGGAAGCCUGGAGGUUCAGCUGAACGGGGAGAAGACGUUAUGCCGCUAUCCAUACCGACAUGAAAGCCCCCCAGGGGUGGUGGACAUUAUCCUAGAUGCCCCACCUCCUGGUGUGCAUCCAGUACCUAUAGGCACCCGUGUCUGUGUACCAUUUGGGAACGAGGAGGGCAGCGAGAGCCAAUGGCAAUGGUACCGAGAAGGUGUGGUGACACAGGUAGACCCACACCCUGCGGUGGCUAACCGCUACCGUGUCCUGCUGUCUGAAGAAAGGCCUCACUCUCUAGAUGAUGAAGAAAACAACAGGGGUGCUACCCAGGCAGUAUGGGUCUCCAGACAAACACUCCGGCUUCUGGUGCCACCCUGGGACUUGGAUUUGCCUUCUGCUGGUGGACAUGAAGUAGAAGAGGGGGUAAGAGACAAGGAGAGAGAUCGGGAGGAAAGGGAAGAGAUGGAUUUGGAGGUGAGCCAUUUGAGUCAAGGAAUGACCCCGAGCAUGGGAUCAAUGUUAGGGAGAGGAAUGCCCUACCAAGGAAUGGUUCCCGUUUCCUCCACAUCGGGCCACAGCAUCACCUCGCCCGUUACUCCGACUUCAGUCCUCAGCCUGGCUCCUGGGCGAGAGAGGGAAAUCGAGAAGGACUUGGAGUGGGAGUCACAGAGAAACCAUGGAAGAGAGAGGGAAAGAGAGCGAGAAAGGGAAAACAGUGUAAAGCAGCAGCAACAGCAGCAGCAUCACCCAUAUAUGCCCCUCACCCCUGAAGAAGACAUGGAAGACCACUUCAACAUGGUCCAAGUGGGGCAGAUUAUAUCUGGGGGCAAGCCUAUGACAGUUCCCCAUCAUCGUCACAUUGUUUCUAAGACCCCGUCUGGCUACCUCAACCCCCAUCCCCACUUGUCUGUGGUGCGAGGCAUCGGGAUUCCCCCUGCUCACAUGACCUUGAAUCCCCACCCCUCUCCUUCACCUGUCCUGUUAGGCCUUGACCCAGCAGCUGCAGCAGCCGCAGCAGCUGGAGCUGUCAUUACCACCCCUCAGCUCCAUCCUCUCCCUCCCAUCACUUCUUCCACUACAUCCUCCUCCAGAGUGGAUAAGACAUCGGGGGGAGGUUCUACCAGCAGUGGAGCAGGUGGUGGAUCCGGAUCAGGUUCGACAUCCUCUUCCUCGUCACGUUCCCGGACUCCGCUGACAGCUGCCCAGCAAAAAUACAAGAAGGGAGACGUGGUGUGCACGCCGACAGGUAUCCGAAAGAAGUUCAACGGGAAGCAGUGGAGGAGACUGUGCUCUCGGGAGGGCUGCUCCAAAGAGUCCCAGCGGCGAGGGUACUGCUCCAGACACCUCUCCAUGAGGACCAAGGAGAUGGAAGCCAGUGGAGGGGGCCGGGAUCGGGGCGGCGCCAGCAGCACAGGGACCCUAACACCAUCUGACCUCCGACUCAGCGGUGGGAGAGCCAGUUCAGAGUUUGACUGGGAUGAGACAUCACGGGAGAGCAGUGAGGCCAGCAGCCGUGGAGGAGACUCUCGCCCCCGCCUCGUCCUUCCCUCGCUGCUCCCCCAGGACCUUUCUCGCUUCGACUUCGAUGAAUGUGAGGCGGCAACUAUGCUCGUCUCUCUCGGGGGCUCUCGUUCUGGCACGCCUUCAUUCUCCCCCAUCUCCAACCAGUCACCCUUCUCACCCACGCCAUCCCCGUCACCCUCUCCGCUCUUCGGUUUCCGCCCUGCCAAUUUCAGCCCCAUCAAUGCUACUGCCUCACUUACCCCACGCCGCCCCCGACAGCUAAGCGGCACUAAGAUGGGUACGCCAGGCGCAGAGAGAGAGCGCCAUCUGUCAGGGAUUGUGCCCACUUUUCAGACCAACCUGACUUUUACAGUCCCGAUGAGCCCCAGCAAGAGGAAGUUCGACUCCCACCCGCCCCCACCGCUACCUGCUGUCCAGGACUACCAGACCAAACCUGAGCAACAGCAGCUGGUGGGUGUUGGGGGUGGAGUGGUGGGAGACCCACCCAUGGGCCAUAGCCCUGCUGCCUUCAGAGUGCUCUCCCCCCAGAGUCAGCCCACAACACCUUCCUCACUUUCCUUCUCUCGUCCUCGUAGCGCCACCAGCAGGCCACCAUCCUCUGCCGCCUCCACGCCUCCACCCAUGUUAGUCUCUCCAACUCCUCCUUCACCACUUCCCCAGGAGCCGUCCCCACGCCGCAUCGUGCCCCUCCGGGACUCCCCAGUCAUUGUACGCAACCCAGAUGUCCCCUUGGCCAAAUUCUCCGAUGGCCCGUCAGGAAAGAGAGAGAGAAGCAGGUCGAGGGAGCACAGCCAGCACACAGCUCCCCCAGGCCUGCAGGCCCCCGUCCCCAUCAACGGGGCAGCCACCAACGGGGCAGUUCUCCUCCGCAAUCCCACAUCCACGCUCGUCCUGGUCACAUCCAGCUCGUCCUUGACUCCAGCCACAGGGGGCCACGCUUCCCUCUCCAGCCCCUCCACUCCUGGGUCCAUGUCUUCUUCAUCAAGCUCUGUGUUCUCCUCGUCUGGUUCCGGAGGCAGGGAGAGGGAGAGGAAACCCGAAGGGCAUCAGGACGCCAGUGGAGGGGCGCUGCCACAGCCGGUAGCCUGUCAUCCCACACCAACAGCCCUGCUGCCCCUCAUACUACCAGCAGAGUCGCCUCACCCUGCUCCACGCAAGCAAAUCAUCAUGGGACGCCCAGGGACCGUUUGGACCAACGUGGAGCCUCGGUCGGUGCCAGUGUUCCCUUGGCAUUCGCUGGUCCCUUUCCUGGAGCCCAGCCAAUCGGGAGCAGCUGCCCAGCCCGUUGAUGGCCAACAGCUUGUCAAUCAGAGCAAAGAGCCUCGCUGUGCUGUAGCUCUGGUGAGUGACGGGCGGUCAGGUCCUCCAGACCUGGAGAGAGGAUCACCAUCAUGUCCACCCCCAACGAAUGACAAUCCUCCUACAGACAGGGGUGGGGUGGACAGCGAGAUGGAGAGUGACACAGAUGACCCGUUUUCCCCGGGUUUGGCCAACGAUCCAUCGCCUUCCACUGGAACCAUUAAGAGACGCACACAGUCCCUCAGUGCACUGCCUAAGGACGGAGACAGAAAGAGGGAAAAGGACCACAUCCGCCGUCCCAUGAAUGCCUUCAUGAUCUUCAGUAAACGCCACCGGGCCCUGGUGCACCAGCGACAUCCCAACCAGGACAACCGCACAGUCAGCAAGAUCCUGGGCGAGUGGUGGUACGCUUUAGGGCCCAAUGAAAAGCAGCAGUACCAUGAUCUGGCCUUUCAGGUGAAAGAGGCCCACUUCAGAGCCCACCCAGACUGGAAGUGGUGUAACAAGGACCGCAGAAAGUCUCUGUCAGAGGGCCGGGGUACCCCAAAGGAGCCACGGGAGAGGAGCAUGUCAGAGAGCAUAGAUGCCCACUCAGAGUCCCAGGUGCUGGAAGGGAAGGGGGGAGGCUCGGGAUGGCCGGGGGCAUCGGAGCGUCGAGGAGGGAUGUUUGGGGGGCCGUCUCACCGUCCCCGAGCCUUUUCCCAGAGUGCAGUGCACACCCUGGAGCAGAGGGAGUGGGAGAGAGACCUGGAGAAGGAGGACGGCACAAGUUUGUUUCGCGGCCGUCCACCGCCUCAGUCGCUGUACCAGGGUGGGGCCAGCGAGGACGUGACUAGCGAUGAGGAACGCAUGGUCAUCUGUGAGGAAGAGGGAGACGAUGAUGUCAUGGAAGAUUCAUGUCCUGAAGGCUCCAUCGACCUGAAGUGUAAAGAGAGGGUGACAGACAGCGAUGAGGAUGAACCAGAUGGACAGCAUGGCUUCCAGCCUGUGGCUCGCUCCUCUCUCCCCUCCUCCUCUCCCUCCAUCAUUCACUCCGACUCCUCCUCGGCUAAAGGGAACGGUGGCGGUAACGGAGGAGGUCCUGAAGACGGGUCAGAGAAGAAGAGAAAGCGAGGCGCAGAUGGAGGAGAGGAUGAGAGCGAGGGAGCCCUAAAGACAGAGCAAGUGGCAGCGGGUGGAGGAGAAGGAAAUGGAGGAGGUGGGCAGGGUGUCUCCUCUCUCUCCAUCGCCCAGCCUCCUCCACCGCUGGCCCAGCAGAGUUUGACCCCGGUCGGCGUCCGCAUGGCCCCCACGAUGGUGACUAACGUCGUGCGCCCCAUCGCCGGCACGCCCAUCCCCAUCGCCAGCAAGCCGGUGGAAGGAGCCAUCACCCUCAGCACCCUGCCACAGGACAAGAAGGCCACUCUCCUGAUUGGGGGUGGAGGUGCUCAGCAGCUGCCGAUCACAGCAGGGGGUGGGUACCUGUCGUCCUCCUCCCCUGGUCCAGUCAGUGUAACCCCUGUAGGAGGCAGCAGCCUGCUCACUAGCCUAGGUCUGGGACCCGCUCAAGCAGUGGAGCUCCUCUCCCUACACAUCCAAAGCCCCCUACCUGUCCUCCAGCUCCACCCCACUGCUGCCACCACCUCCUCUCUCACACCUCCCGCCUGCCCCACGACCCCGGGACAGGCGCAGUACAUCCUCCCCACCGAGAGCCCCUCCUCCCCUCAACUCACUCACCAGCAAAUCCUCUCCCUGCCCGCAAAUGCCGCCCUGGCCAAUGGCGUGCACUCGGGGGCGGGAAUCAGAGUCAGCCCCGGGACUAGAGUCCAAACCCAGUCGCCAGUCUUGCAGAGCAAGAUGUUGGUUCCCAUGGCAACAGUGAGAACCGGGUCUACUCCUCCUCAUCCUUCCAUUUCCCUGGUGGCUCCGCCUCUUCCCGUGCAGAACGGCCCUGCGACAGGAAACAAGAUCAUCCAGAUCGCUUCCAUGCCUGUUGUGCAGACCAACGUCCACCCUAGCGGUGCAGCAACAGUACAUCCUGGGAGCCCCUAUCCUGUUUCCAUGGCAACGGUGAUGACUCCCGGUGCUGCGCCCCCACAGACCGUUCUCCUGACCUCUCCACCCACCAGGAUCACGUAUGUUCAGUCAGGUCCAGGUGUCACCACGGCAACGCACCAGCAGGGUCCACAACCCCCUGGUCCUGCAUAUCUCCAGUCUUCUCUGGCAACUCUGGGCUUCACCGCCAUCGCCCCAGCUCCACAAACCCUGGUUCAGCCAGUCGUUGGUCAGCCUCCGCUACUCGCCCCAGCUCAGCCUCUAAGCUGUCAAUCACAGAGCUCUCCGGGACAGACAGCGGGCACCACCGGUCGUCAGGUACUAACUGCCAUCUACCCUGCACCACCCGUCGCUCUGCCCACUGGUGUGGUCUCAGUGACGCCUGUGCCGCCUGCAGGGGCGGCUCCAGCUCAGGAUGUGGCGAACCCUCCCUCUCCGCUGGCUGUAGGGCUGCAGGGUUCAGCGGUGGCGACCCCUCACCCUGGCAUGGGAACAGAGGUGGAGGUGAAGCACGAGAGCCAGCUGGAUGCUCAGAGUGACGCUCAGGGGUUGUCGAGCUGUGUCACCAGCUCCUCGAUGGGCACCUGUACAAGCAGCAUCAUCGCAGUGAAAAAAGAGGAGGACACCACUUUGUGCAUCAAAGAAGAAAAUUUGAGGGAUGGAUACGAGAGGGAGAAACAAAGUGAGAUGGACGACGAGCGAGAGAGCUGUGAAAAGAAGCGAGGCAGAGAGACGGAGAGAGAGGAGCUCAGCACGGGCAACAGCAGCAAAGAGGCUGGACCUCGUUCCCCACCUCCACCACCACCCUCAGGUUUGGAUCCCCCUCCUCCUCCACCUGCAGAAAGAGAUCCUCCCUCUUCCUCAAAGAAGACCAAGUUUCGGCCCCCGCCACUCAAAAAGACGCCUGACUCUCAUGACAAGCUCCUCUCGGAGACGUACUUUGAGGAACGCUUUGCUGAGCUGCCAGAGUUUAACCCAGAGGAGGUCCUUCCCUCGCCUACUCUGCAGAGUCUGGCCACCUCACCGAGAGCAAUCCUGACCAGCUACCGCAAGAAGAGACGCAACUCCACGGACCUUGAGCUGACUGGGGAAGACCCGAGCUCCCCGAGGAGAAAGACUCGUCGCCUGUCCAGCUGCAGCUCAGAGCCCAACACCCCCAAGAGCGCCCCCAAGUGUGAGGGAGAAAUAUUUACCUUCGACAGAGCAGGUAUGACGUGUACGGCACCUACACCCUAUCGAGAGAUGCCGAGAUGGCCUGACGCUGGUCUGAUGGACCUUUUUGUGAAACCAGGUCCAGAAGGCGAGGUUCCCCCGGGAGAAUUGGACAGGGUUUCGUACUCGUCUCUGCGCAGAACACUGGAUCAGCGUCGGGCCCUCGUCAUGCAGCUGUUUCAUGACCAUGGCUUCUUCCCCUCAGCUCAGGCCACAGCUGCCUUCCAGGCGCGCUACUCAGACACGUUUCCCAACAAGGUGUGCCUGCAGCUGAAAAUCCGCGAAGUCCGUCAAAAGAUCAUGCAGACGGCCACGCCAGGAGCCCUCGAGCCCGGAGCGUUGGCCGAAGCCAGCCCCGCCUCUUCCCACAGCUCCUCUUUUAAUCAAUCAACCCGGGAGGAUGCAGGGUUGGAGCAGCAGGGAGACAAAGGGCGGAGUCCCGAGGAGCCGAAAAGCGAGGGAUCGUAAGCUGGAGAGGGAGACGAAGCGGAAGAAUGGAGGAAAGACAAAGAGGGAGAGAGAGGAGUGCGUUAACCAGUGAGGUCCUAUCUACUGGCGCUAAUCUCCAUCAGACCUGGGCAGAAAUGUGGAAUGUGGUCACAAAUGAUUCAAACUACUCAAGGCGCGCUUGGAUCAUCUAAUCAGUCCUUUAAAAAAAAAUAAUCAAAAAGCCUCAAAUAUGGUCAAAUCACAUGCAAGUCACGAUGAGUCAAGUGCUUCUUGUAUUGUUUUCGCUGUUUAUUUUCCAAGUAUCCAGAAUGUCUUUAGUUAACCCUUUUGCCCGGGUCUGCUCUCAGCACAUUUGUACAGUAGUUUGUAGUUUGACACACAAACUCUAUCUCUCUGGCAAACACACACAUGCAUACAGACACACACACACCAGCCCUGGUGCAUAUGUAAUCUCCAGCAUGCACAUGAUCCCACAGAAACACACAUACACGCUUAACAAUCAGACUGUUACUCUUGGUUGGCAGCCCCCAGGAGUUGCUACCAAGGACCACGACACACAAAGGCACUUUGUCACUUAUUGUGCAGAUGCAGUUUGCUGUUGCCAGCCAGCCAGCCCUCAGAUGCCAUUGACUUGACCUCUUUCUCGUCCUCCCACUCCUCAGCACAGUGGUCAGGACAUAAAAACACAACCCCAACGACCUCCACUGAUAUUCCACAGCCCCUCGAUGCUGCAAGACAGACAGCACACACACAUACACAGUACACACACACACACACACGAACGCGCGUCCGUACAGCGUGAGUACACAAACACAGUCAAACACCACCACCACCCCCGCCCCUUGGUCUGACCAAGCCAUCGGCCUGCACAGUUUUUAGUGAUUGUAGUGAGAAGAGGAACUGAAAGCAUGAAAUUUUAUUCGCUCCUGAAAAGAAAAACAAAACAAACAAACAAAAAACAAGAAGGCAGGAGUCGUGAUGUGGUGUGACCAAUCUUUGCACCUUCAGUUUAUUGCCAUUAUGAAAGACUUGAGUCCUUACUGGCGGGAGCUGAUGAUCUAUAUGUCUGUAUGUCUGCCGGGGGUCAUGACCCCCAAAACCUGUGCGAACAGGCACCAUAAAGAGAUUAUGUAAAGAGACUUUUAGGUUGUGAGGCUUUGAAGAAUCAACGUUAAACUCGACACCGACCAGCUCCCAACAGAGCACGGAGAAAAAGGGCGGAAGAAGGAGAAACUGGAUGCAAGAUUCAUAUUCCAACGAUGGGAAGACGUGAUAGCGGUGAAUACGGACAACAUGACGAGAACCAAACUUCUCUGAAUCCCCCCCCCCUCCCUCCCUCCCCCCAUGGAUAUGAUGUUGCUUUUUCUCAUUAUCGUGGAAAUAACCAGUUUUACCGUGGCCUGUUUUUCUCUCUCGUGGCUCUAUUGUGUUUCUUCUCCAGCAUAAAAAAAUAAUAACAACAACAACAACAAAACUCUGGACAAAUAAGGGGACAAAAAUCAGCGUGUGCCCCGUCUCUCCCCUCCCUCCCCUUCCUCUACGAUUUCUCACCAGACACAGAAGCGGGGGAGCAGGGGUGUUUGUCGUUUUGUAAAACGUUGAAAUCAGGUGUUUGCACAAUUUGUGCGGCCCUCUCCGUCUGGGGGCCGCCACAAGUUAAAUCAGGAAAGUAUUGUUUUUAGAGAUUGUUUUAGUAGUUAAAAAAUAAUAACUUGUUCCUUAUGUUAUCAAUCACCCUUUCCCUCCUUCCCUGCUUUCCUCCUCAGCCCUCUCUCUCUCCUUCUCCCCCCUUUACAGCUCUCCUCCCUCCGACCCUCAAGUGUUGUCUGAAAGUGCCCUUAAGCACUGGUCCCGGGUCAAGCGCUAUGUAGCUCAGGAUGGUUCUGGUUAGGGUUAGUUCAGGGAAAGCGGAUCCUAGACCAGCACUGGAGGGCAGUCUCCGGAGCCCUCCCCUUGUCCCUCUCUUCUCGACACUUUAUCCUUUCCCAUCAAAUGGUGCAAUAGGACUUUUUUUUUUAAAAUGGGUGGGUUAUUUUUUUUUUUUCGGGGCAAGGCUCUGUGCCAUAGAUAUUAAACCCAGUCAGACAGUGAGAGGGAUGAGCUGUUGUCUAUAAGUAUGGUAUAAAAGAAAACAAAAAAGAAUCACGCAAUUAUUGUUCUUGUUGAAGCGAUAGAAAGUAUAACUUACUAAAAGUCAAAGACAAUUUUUAAAUAGCACUUUUUGGCUCUUUGCUUCUCGGGUGAAGAGUGGGGGUAGUUAUUAUUAUUAUGGGUAUCUCUAUAAUUUCUCUGUAUACAGUUGGAUGUGUGAAAAACAAAUAUAUAUACCGGUAUUUCCAUAUAUGUGCAUUUAGGUCUGUGUUUGGGUGUUGUGUGUAUGUUUUGGCACAUGCAGGUAGCGUGUUAUCACGACCAACCUCUCGUUCUUUCACCACACAGCAACAUUAUCAAUAGUAUAUUUUUCAUUGUAUCUACAUUCUAUAUUCUACUCUAGAGACAGUAUUUUUAUAGUCACCAUGACUAUUUUGUCUGCCAUCUUGACUGUUAUCAAACCCAGUUGAUUCAGGAUAUAUGUGAAAUAUAUAUAUAUAUAUCUAUAUAUAUAGAUAUGUAGAUAUAUAUCUAUAUAUAUAUAUAAAUACACGCAGGUAAAAAGAAGACUAUCAAUUCACAUUACUUUGGGGUUAGGGCUGUAAAGUGUCUGUCUGCAUGCAUGUGCAAUCACAUGCACGCGUGCACACACCCACACAGACAUAUGUGCAUACACACACGUAUGCGUGUACACUGUAUGAUUGUGCUUAAAAAUAAACUGUCCUUACUUUGGAGAAGGAAAUUUUAGGAUGAGCGAUGUGAGUGUUAUCUCAUAAGCAGGCAUGUUGACCAUGUGCAAUAUUUCUAAACAACAAAAAAAGACUAAAUAUUGAAAAUAUUAAAGUUCUAACACAA